AUGACGGUAUACGACGAAGAACUUGAAAGCAUAUCAGAAUUUAAUGGUUUUAAAGAUAAUUUAAAAAGUUUUGAAAUUUAUGGUUACAGUAAUGAUGAUGAUGUCAGUCCUUCAGUAGUUGCAACUUUAAAGGCCAAUGUCCAAAUACGCCCUGAGUUACAGAGCAAUGAUGAAUUUAAAUUUUCAAAAUUAAAAGAAUUAUUUUUAAAUAGUUUGGAAUAUCAAAAUUGGCCUAAUAUAAAAUCGAACAUCAAAUGUAAAGUAUUAGUACGCGUUUAUAUAAUUAGAGCAUACGAUUUGCAUCCAAGUGAUUCGUGUUCUUUGGCUGAUCCUUAUGUAGAAGUUUUAUUUGGAAAAAAGCAUAAAGUUUCUGACUACAAUAAAUAUGUACCUAAAACUUUAAAUCCUAUAUUUGGUCGAUGUUAUCAAAAAGUGAUAUCAUUUCCGGAUUGCUCUACUUUGAUAGUCAAAAUAAUGGAUCAUGACAAUUUUGGUCAAGAUGAUUUAAUUGGUGAAACAUCAAUUGACAUUGAAUCAAGGUACUAUAGCAGACAUAGACCAAGUUGUGGCUUAACAAGACAUUAUGAUAGAACAGGAUACAACAAAUGGAGGGAUUAUGAGACGCCAUCAAAAAUAUUACAUAGUCUGUGUGAAUCAAAUAACUUAAAGCCACCAACAUACUUUAAAAAUUGUGUAACGAUUGGUCCUAAAAAGUUUACUAUUAUUGAACACAAUUCUGUACCUGAUAAACAAACCUUAGCUUUACAUGUUCUUAAUCAUUGGCAUGAAAUACCAGUUUUAGGUUAUAGUUUAGUUCCAGAACACGUCGAAACAAGAACUCUUCAGAAUUCAAAUUUUCCAAAUAUACAACGAGGAAAAUUGGAAAUGUGGGUUGAUAUUUUUCCUCAAAAAAGUACUUUACCAAACCCUGUUGAUAUAACACAUCCUGUAGCCGAAGAACUUGAACUACGUGUAAUUGUAUGGUCAGUUGCGGAAGUAAAAUUAGUAGAUGAUAAUUUUAUUACUGGAGAAAAACAUAGUGACAUUUUUAUUAAAGGAUGGUUACCUAGCGUAGAUGAACAAUUCACAGAUAUCCACUAUCGGUCACUUAAUGGUGAAGGAUAUUUCAAUUGGCGAUUCAAAUUCCCAUUUUCAUAUAUGAAAGCCGAAAAUAGAAUUGUUGAAAAAUCAAAAGGAUUUUUUUCUUUGGAAGCUGAAGAAAAAAUUUACUUACCAAGACUGCACAUUCAGGUUUGGGACAAUGAUUGUUUAACUCCUGACUCUUAUAUUGGUUAUUUAAGCUUAGAUUUGUGGAAUUUACCUAUGGGAACAAAGUCAUCUUGGAAAUGUUCACUGAUAGAUGACCAAACUCCUCGUAUAAACUUAUUUAAAACGAAAAAUACUAGAGGAUGGUGGCCAUUUAUUUCAAUUGAAAAUAACAAAAAUGUUCUUGUAGGAAAGAUAGACGCAGAACUUCAAAUAUUGACAAAGUUAGAAGCUGAAAAGUCACCAGCGGGAUUUGGAAGAGAAGAACCACAACCAUUGCCUACACCCAAGCGUCAUGCAACUUACUUUUUGAAUUCAAUUAUCGAUCCAUGUGCGAUUAUUAUUCAAUAUUUUUUUAGCGUUAACAAAGUCAAAUUUUUUGAAGUUUUUUGUAUAUUAGGAGUCGUUUUAUUUUUAUUAUUAUUUUUGUAUUCCAUACCUGGAUAUACACAUACUAAAAUACUCCUUUUUGCAAAUGUCUUCAAAUUAUUUAUGCGUGUUACUAAUAUUUCCGAUGUUAUUUUACUUCAAACUGAUCUAGAUCGCUUAGUUAGUUGGGCUGGAUCAAUUGGCUUGACUUUUAAUACCUCUAAAUGUUAUAAAAUGACUUUUUCACGUAUUUCUAAUCCUAUAUCUUUAACUUACUAUAUUCAUAACCAUCUUAUUUCUUCUGUUCCUUCUAUAGUUGUCUUUGGGUUUCGUCUCACUCCUACUUUAAAUUUUCGACUUCAUAUUGAAGAAGUAUGUUGUAAGGCUCUGAAAACUUUAGAUUUCAUUCAGAGAAUUUCUCAUGAAUUUCACCUCUCAAGACCACUAAAAAAUCUUUUUUGUUCGCUGGUUCGCCCUAUCCUUGAGUAUGGUUCGGUGUUAUGGGAUUCUUAUACAGCUACCGAAUUUAUGAUGCUUGACAGAGUGCAGCGUAAAUUUUUACGCUUUGCGGCUCUUAUCCUUAAUAUCCCCCAUCCACCUCAUGACUUAACUCCUAUUCAAAAUUUCUUGCAACUUCCUUCCUUAUCUACCAGAAGACAUGACUCUAAUAUCUGUUUUCUUUCUAAACUCUCAGCUGGCUUGAUUGAUUCUCCUGUCCUACUUUCUAAAUUGAAAUUUCGGCUACCUGCUCGUUUAACUCGCUAUACUGUCCCUUUCCUCAUUUCUCAUUCAUCUUCUAAUUAUAUUUUUCAUUCCGCUCUCCCACGUUUAAUGCGUAUUGCAAAUAAUGGCCCUGAUUUUUUACAUUCUGUUCAUUUUUAA